AAUAGUUUUGGAAUUCAAUCAGGCCCAUUUCUGGCCCAGUUCUCACUCUCUCUACAUUCUGCAAAUAAAUUCUCUCUCUCUCUUUGUCUGUCUCUCUCUCUCUCUCAUUACUCUUAUUUCCAUUUUCCAGAAAUUCUCUAUCAAGAAUUCAUGUCGGAUACUGGUCGGCCAUUGCCCAAAUUUGGUGAGUGGGAUGUCAAUGAUCCUGCCUCUGCUGAGGGAUUUACUGUGAUUUUUAACAAGGCUAGGGAUGAGAAGAAGACGGGUGGCAAACCUGAGUCACCUGAAAAGACUGAUCGUCAUAUUAAGCCUGGAGUGGAUCCCGGCAAGCCUCAGAUAAUUUCGUUGGUUUUCAGAAAAAAUGGUUUUGCUGCAUUCAGACCCCGGCUGCAGAAUCUUGAUCAUGUCUUCCCACGUGUGAACUUCAAUGGAGGAGUAAUUUCAUCUGCAAGUGCCCCAAUAUAUAUUUAUUAAAGAAGGUAGAAGCUGUAGACCGGUGAUAAAUCCUGCUGGAAUUCAUUGUGUGUUGUAAGAUUGAGCUGUGGGGAAAAGAGCAAAAUACACAUUUGUUUUUGUUUCAUCUUUGCUUCGUCUUAUGUUAAGAUUAAGAUCUGUAGAGCUUUUGUGACUUUACUUGAUAUUGGUGAACGGGUUUUGUUUGUGAAAUAUAUAUAUAUAUAUUUUUUCCAA